GUGCGUCUGGCGAGGAGUUCUGUGAAUGACAGAAGGGACAUGAAUAAAAUGUGUUUGUGUUGGGGAAAUGGCAUCAUGCCGGACAUAGACACUCAUGAAUGUAGCCGUGCGGCUCUCCGGUGACCAUUUGCGUGUGUUCAAACAGAUGAACGUGUGAAACUCUGCUGAACCCGCAUCAGUGACGUCAUUGCUGAAGGUAUAUUGAAGACCACUGGGAAUAGAAGCUUGUGUGAAAUGCAGCGGUUUAUGUGUGCUCGAGUCUUCAGGCAGACGACUGCACUGCUGCACAGUCACCCUGCACAGAUGCUGGAAACACCAGCCCGCCGGUGCUGGACACACCUGAGCUCCAGCCCACGUUGGCUGAGCUCCUCUAGUGCCGUCUGCUCUCCAGCCUCAGGAAAAAACUCUUCCAGAGAUCAUCAGGUUAAUGCAGCUACAGGGCAAGAUGAACCAGACCCGCUGCAGGACAAAUCCAUCGGCCUCAUCCAGAGGUUCAAAAAGACCUUCAAGCAGUAUGGCAAAGUUAUGAUUCCUGUGCACUUGGUGACAUCUACAAUGUGGUUCGGUACAUUUUACUAUGCUGCAAUGAAAGGAGUGAAUUUGGUGCCAUUUCUGGAGUAUGUUGGGUUUCCUGACAAGGUUGUUAAACUGCUGGAGAAUUCUCAAAGUGGAUAUGCACUCACAGCAUAUGCCAUGUACAAGAUCGCCACACCUGCGAGGUACACCGUGACUUUAGGAGGAACAUCACUCUCUGUGAAGUACCUGAGGAAGCAUGGCUACAUGUCCACUCCUCCUCCCGUGAAGGAAUACCUGCAGGAAAAGAUGGAGGAGACCAAAGGGAGGAUCUCCGGGAAGAUGGAAGAGACCAAGGAUCGUAUAUCUGAGAGAAUGGAGGAAACAAAAGACAAAUUCUCUGAAAAACUUCAAGAAACCAAAGACAAGGUGUCCUUUCAGGAAGAAAAAGGAAUAAGUUUAUAAUGCCUAAUGAGGGGGUAUUAUGACUUAAGAGAGGUCAGGACUUGAGAGAUGCACAAAGACUUUAUCUGAAGAUUCAUGUUAUUUAACAAUAUAAUACACGUUAAAGAGAGUUCACCCACAAAUGAACAUUUUGCCAUUAUUUACUCUUGAGAAACAGAGUUGUGUCUUAAGAAUAUAUAAAUAUCUAAUGUAGACUGUUAGCUCUACAAUAAUCAUUCAAAUAAUAAGCUAAGCUAUCGCAAGAUUGCAAAAACAUGGAUAAUUAUGAUUUUCGUUUCUCCACAAAUGGAUAUCAAAUAUCACAGCACAUUAUAAGCAUAUUUGUCAGCUGAAAGCUGUUAGACUUUAAAGGAUAUGUUCAACCAAAAAUUUAAAUUCAGUCAUUGUUUACUCACCCCUGUGCUGUUAUAACCCCAUACGACUUUCUUUUUCAUAACACAAAGGGAGAAAUUGUUAUAACAAUCCUGAGUCUCAUGGAAUAAUUUAUUAGACUUCUGAAUUAUAUUUUUGCAUUUGUUUGAAGCUUGAAGAUGUGGUCACCAUAAACUGUCAUUGUAUGACAUCACUGAGCACAAGAUUUCUUUUCACAGUUUCUCCCUUUGUGUUAAGAAAAAGAAAGUAAGUCACAUGGGGUUAUAACAACACAGGGGUGAGUAAACAUUGACUGAAUUUUCAUUUUUGGGUGAACUAUCCCUUUAAGUGUGUGUUUUGUUUAAAGGAUGAUAGUAUGUUUUUCUAAAGAGGACUUGAAGUUGAAAAUGUCCAAUAUUAUAUAUGUCCAUGUGUGAGGACUGUUAUUGCCUGGCAGUAAUGCUCCAUUAUUAGCACUGCUUCUUUCAGUUUUUACAAUGGUAAUAUCAGUAAUAUUUAAACUUCUAAACAGCACUUGGACUACAUAGGUGUGUUUCCGGAGACAAAAUGCAGUUAAUGUAGUCUAUGUAGUGUAAUUCACAAAUAGUCUUGUCAUUUUGCAAAUCAAACAAAUAUAUAAGAACCAACAGCAUUUUUACUUCAUUUUUUCAAUUCACUAGAAGUUCCUGUCUUUUUAAAUUGUUUUGGUUUUUCAAUAAUGAAUGUCCAUAGACUACACAGUACCUGUCAUACUUUCCUACAGGUGCUGUUUUUGCUGUAGUUUUGCAUGGUGAGAAAUGAGGUUUAUUGUUGAACCGCAGAUGUCUUUAAAUGUUUCUGCUGGUCAAGCACUUGGGCUGUCUGCUUUGACAGUAAAUGUUCAUAUGGAUGUUAUGGUAAAAACAUAGGCCACAUCUGUUGUUUUGUCAGUUCACUGAUGGAUGUACCAUGAUGUGAUGACACCUGCUUGUCCAAACUAACAAUAAAAACAUCAGAA